AUGCGGGAACAACGGGAUGGUGCAGAUAACUUUGAAGAUGAAUAUGAUGAAUACGAUGGUUGGACGGGUAAUCAGAGUAACAGACAAGUGGUUACUAUGGGUAGCUAUGAGAGGCAAACAGUCGGAUUGGGUGCGGCCGAGAGAGUCAAUCAAGGGAAUGUGGGGUAUCAACAAUAUGUGCAACCAACGCCAAUACAACAACAGAUACCACAACAAUAUCACCAACCUGACCCAAUCAAUCAGCACCCUGUUCCGAGAAGGCCUGUGGUGGAUAUUCCAUUACCACCACCGGUACCUCAGAUGCAGGGUCAGGCAAGACCACUGCCACAAAACUUAAACCGACCGGUGAUUUUACCGGAAGGAAUUCCACGACGAAACAAUCAAGGUCCAGUUCGAGGUAUAGAGAGCCACUUCAGGCCUGCAAUAGCUAACAACCCAUCACCGGUUGUGAUCCCACAACUACAAGGAGGGCGGUCAUUCGAAGUACGAACACAAUCAAUAUCCAGUCUGCCUAAGUUUCAUGGUCACGCACAUGAAGAACCAUAUCUACACAUUGCUGCCUAUGAUGCACGUUGCAACACAAUCAGCAGCCAAGGUUUCUCAGUUGAUGAUGUGAAAUUGGUACUUUUCCAAUUCACACUUGAAGACAAAGCGCAGCAAUGGUUUCAUUCGCUACCAUCAGCUUCGAUCUUCACAUGGGGCGAAAUGCAGCAACAAUUUUUAGAUGAAUUCUAUACUCAUUUUCGUACUAAAAAUGCUAGGAAGGAUAUUCGGGGGUUUCGACAACAGCCCAGUGAGUUAUUUCACGAAGCGUUCAAUCGCUUUAAAAUGAUGCUCAAGAACUGUCCACAUCAUGGUAUCUACUUGUGGGAGCUUAUGAAUACAUUCCACGAAGGCUUAACAGAUGAAGAUGCGAGGGAUGUCAAUUCAAUAUCCAAUGGUACUUUUGGAACAAAUUACGAAGAGGAUGAUUAG